AUGAAAUUCACUUUAGUUUUAUUGCUGGCCACUGGCCUGGCAAUUGCUUUGGCAGAACCCGAACCAGAACCCAAACAACAACACCCACGUGGUGUUAUACAUCAAGUCAAGGCUGGUGUUGCUGGACCCAAUCCCUAUAUUUUCUUGACCGUUCCCCAUGGCCGUUCCCAAGUAAUCCAGGGCUUUGAGGUUGUAGAUGGCGAUACUGAGGAUAAUGAGGAUAAAAUCUCCCCUGAUUCCGAAGAUAUUGCCGAGGAAGACGACGAGGAGAUGAUGGCUGAUGAUGAUGACGAUGUAGAGGAAAACAUGCAACACGAUGAAGACGAUGAUGAGGAAGAAGACGACAUGGUCCUUGAUGUCAUGAAAAAUAUUGAUUCGAAGACCCAGGUUAGGAAAACCCAGCAAGUUUCUUUGCCCCUGAAAAAUGGCAAAAACACCCAAAUGAUGGUGUCCCGUGAAAAUGCUGGAGCCAUUAUGGUUCCCGAUGAAAUCAUUGAAAUCGAAGGCCAAAGUGUUAUUGACGAAAAGACCGGUAAACCAGCCAUUUUGUUGCCCCGCUCCAUUUUGGACUCGAUUCCGGAUGGCAGUGUUGUGGCCUUGAUGGAACGUCCCAUUGAGGGUCGCUCAGCCGGCGAGGAACGUGCCAAUCGUGUCAUUGUACGCAGACGUCGCAGGGGAUCCCGUCGCAAUGUCAAGCGUGGUCGCCGUGGCAACCGCCGCAGGGUGAAUCGCAGACGCAGUGGCAACCGCAGACGUCGCAAUGGCAAUCGCGUGCGCGUUGUACGUGUCAGUGGCAAUCGCCGCCGUGGCGUACGAGGUGGUAAUCGCCGUCGCCGUGUCAUCCGUGCUUAAGACCCAGAAUGAGACCUGAGGCAGGAUAUCUGCCUAAAAUCUUAAUUUCUAGUAUUACUUAGUUCUUAGUCUCCCCUACUUUAUGCUUCCCCCCUCUCUAUUAAGGCAUCCUAUGGCUAAUACGAUUAGGUUAAACGAAUACACACACACAUAGAAAACAAGAAAACAAUAAAAACAAAAAACAUUUUUAAUGUUAAUCGAUAUUUCGCUGUGCCUAAUUUGCCAUUCAUUAGGCGGGGGGUCACCACCAAAGAGAAAGCCAGCAGGUCAGGGUACAAAGUUGGGGGGUUAUUUCGAAGAAAGAUCAAAGAAAGCUCAGAUUGUUAUUGGAAUUGAUGAG